AUGUGUACAUUCAAUGGUAUAUUAAAAGAAUAUCCAUGGAUUUCAAUUGAUUCAUUUCUUACAACAAAUUGUCAAGUAUCACAAGUUUUCUUUAUUUCACAUAUACAUACGGAUCAUCUUCGUGGUUUAGAUGAACCAAUAUUUGCUGAAUAUAUUACAAAUAAUCGUUCAAUUCGUAUAUAUUGUUCAGAAGCAUCUAGACAUUUUCUUUCAAUAUUACCUGCAUAUAAACAUCUAUCACAAUUUUAUUCAAUAAUUAAUGUUGAUCAACCAUAUACUAUAGAAAAUCCUAUGGAUAAAAAUAUUGCAAUAACAGUUACUUGUUUUGGUUCUGGUCAUUGUCCUGGUUCAUUAAUGUUACUUUUCGAAGGUUCUCAUGGUACUGUUUUAUAUACCGGUGAUUUUCGUCUUUAUUCUCAUCAAUCAAAUCGUCAUCGUAUUAUUUUAUCAAAAAAACCUAUCGAUACACUCUAUAUUGACAUGACUUUUUUCGAACCAUCUAUUCGACAAUUACCUGAACGUGAACAAGCAUGUCAAGAACUUAUUCAUUUUAUUGAACAAUAUGAUAAUAGAUAUUUCUAUCUUAAAACAUCUGCUCGUGUAGGCUAUGAAUAUAUUUAUACAUCAUUAUAUCAACAUUUUGGAAUUUUAAUUCAUGUAAAUUCAGAACAGUAUCAUUUAUAUGAUUAUUUACCACAAGUUCAACAAGCAUUAACAAUAGAUGCACAUGGAACAAGAUUGCAUGCUUGUUGGCCUAAAUGUUCAUGUGCAAAAUCAUCAAUUAAGAUUGUACUUUCUGUUCUCUGGUUUACUUUACAACAACAACAACAAUUUAAUUCUCCACUUAUUCAAAUAUCUACUGAUUAUUAUCGUCUUUGCUAUUCUCUUCAUUCAUCAUAUAAUGAGAUAUGUACAUUUAUUAAACAAAUAUCUCCAACUCAUAUUCAUCCAAUAGCUUUACCGAAUCAAAUAACACCUUCACGAUUCAAUGAACUUCUUAAACAACUUGGAAUAGAUCAAUUUCCAACAAUUUAUUUUUCACCAAGUAAUUUUGAACAACAAAUUAAACGACGUUAUCAAACAAUUGAAAAUAAUAAUAGUAAUGAUGAUAAUGAUGAACUUGAUUUUGAUUGCGGUCAAAAUCAAGAGAAUAAUGAGAAACAAUUAUAUAAACGAAUUAGUAAUUUACAACAGCCACCAACUAAGAAAUGA